AUGACUGCCCGCAUAAAGCUCCUUGACGGGGCGAUGGGCACCCAGCUCGAAUCGCUAGGCCAUGACGUCUCUGGACCCAUGUGGGGAUCGGACCUCCUGUACUCCAAUCCUGGCGCUAUAGGGGCGGUGCACGAGGGGUACGCCAAGGCCGGUGCAGACUUCAUUGAGACAGCUACGUAUCAGAUGAGCCUGGAACCGCUUUUGGUCGACCAUGGACGCGAUGAGGCCGAGACUAUCAUGCGAGGCGCUAUCAACAUCGUCCACUCAUCAUCUGGGAGCGAGAGUGCAGGCGUCGUGCUCUCCCUCGGACCGCAUGGCGCCACGCUGUCCCCUUCGCAGGAGUACGGCGGGAUCUAUCCUCCUCCUUACGGUCCCGUCCUAUCCUCAACCUCAUCCUCCUCGACUCGGACAAAUGCCUUCCCAUCGACGCCGAGCGGCCAGGCAGAGGAGCUGGAAGCGGAAGACGCACUCGCGGUGUGGCAUCUCGCCCGUCUGCGGAUCUAUGCGGCCGAGGAGGGGACAUGGCGGAAAGUCGAGUGGUUGGGGUUCGAGACGAUCCCCCUGCUGAGGGAGAUUCGGGCGAUACGGCGUGCUAUGGGGAAGCUAUAUACGGAGCUGGAGGUUAGGUGGGGUGGCGGGAAGGUGUCUGAGGAGGGACAGGAGGGAUGGUGGAGGAAGAAGUUCUGGAUCACCUCGGCCUUUCCGGACGGCCAACAUCCGCAGCACCUGGCUUCCGGUCCAGACCAGCACGUUUCGGUGGACGACGUCCUCUAUUCCCUCAUCUCCCCAUCACCCGACUCGGCGAACUCUCUACCACGUCCAGAUGGGAUAGGCAUCAAUUGCACCCACCCCUCCCAUAUUUCCGCCCUCGCCGAGGCGUUCUACACAUCCAUGCGUAAGCUGGCGAAAAGCCAUGGGGAAGCAGGACCGGUGUUCGUGCUCUACCCGGAUGGAGGGGCGGUGUAUGACACGACGUCCCGGACGUGGACGGAACGCACGACGAGGCCGGACGAGUGGGCUGUGGGUGUCGCUGGGAUCGCGCGAAGACUGGAGGAUGCGCGCUUGGAUGCAGAGGGAGACGAGCAGGGCAAAAAGGUCUGGGCAGGUGUCAUUGUGGGAGGAUGCUGCAAAGCCGGAUUCGAUGAGAUACGGUAUCUUCGUAAAGAGCUAGACAGGGCGGACGCGUGA